AUGCCGUUGGUGAAGAGGAACAUCGAGCCCCGGCACCUCUGCCGCGGAGCUCUGCCGGACGGGGUGACCAGUGAGCUGGAGUGCGUCACCAACAGCACCCUGGCGGCCAUCAUCAAACAGCUGGGCAGUCUGAGUGAGUCAUCAUCGCACACCUGAUAUUCACACACUCACAGCAGCUGAGCUCGAGCUGAAUGAAUGGAUGAGUUCAUGAGUUCUGAGUUCAUCACUGAACCGGUUUGUGGAUCUACACGUUUAAAAACAACCAAACUGUGACCAUGAGUCAGCGUGAAGGGAGUGAGUCUGAAACUGUUCGGAGACGGAGAAUCCAAGGAGGGAUUAUAUGAUGAACUCAAAUCAAACAUAAACAUCUCAACUUUGAAUAUUCUGCAGACUCACGGCUACAGCUGCUGUUUCUCAGGAGGUUAACGACAGAACAGUGUCAGAGAGAAAUGAGUAUUUAGUGAAAAUGUGUAAAUUUGAUGAGCAGUCGGGCUCUUAAUUAAAUUCGGCGACAGCUCUGCCUCUGCUCCAUCUGUCGGGUUCAAGGCUGAGAGAGAUUCUAGAUGAGUUCAUACUUCUCAGUAAAUGAGUCUCUGUUACAGACAGGAUUGUGGUUUUUAACUAUUCAGUCGUGAAGGUGCUCAGCAGGAGGUGGGGAGUCCUGCUGAGAGAGACGAAGGAAAGGAAGAGGAGGAGGAGCAGUACUGACUGACUGACCUCCAUCUCUGCUCCUUUUCUGAUCAGAGAGUUUCUGUUUUGUUGUUUUGCCCUCGUUGUCUUGUUUACAUCCAGCUGGUGGAGCAGUAAAGCGCUGCUGCACCAGCCAGUAACCAGAGCUACAGAUCAGCUCGAACACAAGCUGUUGAACUGCCUGUAUAACAACAGACAGAGAGGGUUGUAGAUGUAUGCUGCAGACAGUCAACUACUGUAGACCAUAGAUAGACUAUCAAAACCUAACAUAUCAGAUCUGUCUAUUUGAUUGUUUUUCAUUUUCAUAAAUUAUAUUUUCAUUUUUGAGCUUUUUUAAUCCUCAAUAAGUAAAUAAUAAAAACUCUAAGAGUCCUGUCAGGUUCAAGGAGCAUCACAAGGGUUGGGCGUUGAGUCUUGAGCAUCGAUGGGGACCAGGACUAACAUUCUGAUUCUCCUGGAAUCAUUCAAAUGUUAAAAUUUCAUUUCCAAGUUUCGAUGUCGGAGUCCAGCAACUGGAAGAAAUAGCUGCCGAACACCAAUGAGGAAGACGCUGCUUAACACCAACAAAGAAGAAGCCGCUAAAUACCAAUGAAGAAGAAGCUGCCGAACACCAACAAGGAAGACAUCGCUAACCAAGAAGAAGCCACGGAACACCAACGAGGAAAACCCCGCUAAACACCAACGAAGAAGAAGCCGCCAAACACCAAGGAGGAUGACGCCACAAAACACCAACGAAGAAGAAGCCACUGAACAGUAAUGAGGAAGACGCCGCUAAACACCAAUGAAGAAGACAAAGCUAAACACCAACGAAGAAGACGAAGCUAAACACAAAUGAAGAAGUCGCCAAACACCAAGGAAGAUGCCUCUAAACACCAACGAAGAAGAAGCUGUCGAAUACAAACGAGGACGAAGUGUAUGAGACGAAGCCACACAGAGAGAGAGAGAGAGAGAGAGAGAGAGUCCAUUGUUACCCACAGCAGCUGAAAUUUAUAGUAAAGUUCUUAAAAAGUUUAUAUAAUUAAAAAAAUCAUGGAGAAGUUCAGAAAUGUCAUCCAAAAAGAAGAACUUUGGUUAGCACCCUUAUUUAAACCAUUCAUUUUUUUAAUAUCCUGCCUUUAAAAGAAUCAGAAUCAAGAAUCGAUUGGCAUCGGAACCGGAAUCGUUCAAAAUCAAACGAUACCAAACCCGAAGCCUCACAAAGCUCAGACCUUAAACUCUCUCUGUGUUCGUGUUCACAGGUCGUCACGCUGAGGACAUUUUCGGGGAGCUGUUUAACGAAGCCAACAGCUUCUACCUGAGGAUGAGCAGCCUGCAGGAGAGAGUGGACCAGCUGGCUGUGAAAGUCACCCAGCUCGACUCCACCGUGGAGGAAGGUAAGGACACCGAGUCUGCGUGUGUGUGUGUGUGUGUGUGUGCGCACGCUCUGACAGUUCGACCUCGCAUUUCUUUAUCAAUUAAAACUUUAAUUAGCCGCGUCCUGAGCUUAUCGUGUCGAACAAAGAGCUUCAGUCGCAGGUUUUUGAGUUUCACCUCGAAAGUUUGUGUCCUCUAGAGAUUUGUGAGUCACGUUUGAGAGAGAAAUUCACAGCUGCUCACACAGACGUGGACCGGAGAGGAGAGGAGUUUUGGAAACGAGUCUGUGAGUGAGUUUAUUCUGCGUCUCAGAUGGGAUUCAAACACAUUAAUAUGGAGACAGUGACAUCAGGCUGAAGAGACAGACUUAGAAAACAAAGAGAGAAGCAGGUUGGACACACAACCAUAUAUAUAUACACACAGACACACACUGACUGAUAUGACAGUGACAGAUGUUUGAUCAAUAAGUCAUCAGAAGAGGCGGUCGGAGAGGAAAGUGCCUAAAAAUACAAUAAUGUUUUAUUUUUUCUUGUGUGUUUAUUGCAAUUUUUUACAUUGUAGAUGUAUUAAGUUCAUUAAAGUACAUUUUACAACUUUAAACACACAGAUUUUGAGUCAAACUGCAAAAAAAUAAACAAGAGUGAGUUUAUAUGAACAAACAGAGCUAGAUACAAACCAAAUAUGUGAAAAAAAUGCAGUUUAUUAAGAUUUUUUGAUGGUUUUCAAAUCAUUUUAACACUUUAUUUUAUUGAAAAUGGUGACCAAAAAGAAAAACAGGAAUGAAAUGAGUAAUGAUUGAAAAAUCUGUUUGUUUGUUAUUUGACGCCUGCAGCAGGUUUCAAGAAAGUUUGUAUAGGAACAAAAAAACACUUAAAAAUGUUGUGUAACUACGAUUUGAUCAUAAUAACUAAUAACUUUAAUUUUAUUGCACUUUUAAAAACAGAAUUUCACAAAGUUCUUUGACAAACAGUUGCAAAGCAUCAGCUCAUGAAAAAAAAAACAAAAGCUCAGUUAAAAACAAGGCCACUGAAUUGAAGGCCAAUUUAAUUUUUCACAAGAACCCUUCAACAUAAAUGAGACCAUGAGGACCGAAAUAAAAACAUCAAAUAGGUAAGAAGAAGAAAUGAAAUAGAAAAGGAGGGCAGAGAGCAGGAAACAGGAUAGUAAAUAUAAAAGAGGACAUUAAUAAUGAUAAUAAAAUCAUAAUAAAAUCAUAAUGAUGGUAAUAUAAAUGACAGAUGGAAUAAUAAAAAUGAGCAGGAAAAAACUGUAAAAUCAAUAAAAAGCCUUAAGGGUAAAAUAAGAAAAGAUUAUAAAUAAAACAAAGACUAAAAGGAGAGUAAGUCGAAAUACGAUAAAAGAAAAAAGAGAAAAGACGGCAUCACAAAAAAGCAGUGAGUUUUUAAAUUUGACUUAAAAGAAGCGACUCUCUCUGCUGUUCGUCUUAUCUCCUCUGGCAGGUCGUUCCAAAGUCGAGGAGCUCUGAUGGAGAAAGAUCGAUCACCUUUAGUUUUGAGCCUCGACUUUGGAACGACCAGGAGGUUUUCACCAGAGGAUCUGAGGCUGCGAGUUGAAAUGUAGCUCGGAGAAAGUCAGAGUAAUCAAUAAAAUCACUUCUAAAACUGACAGGAAGCCGGUGAAGGGAGGCUAAAAUCGGAGUGAUGCGACGCCGUCGACUAAAACCAGUUAAAAGCCGAGCUGCUGCGUUCUGAACUAGUAGGAGGCGGGAGAGAGAUUUCUUGAUUAAACCAGGGAGGAGAGAGUUACAGAAGUCCAGUCUUGAGAAAAUGAUCAUCUGUCGAGCAGAUUAUCAUGAAACCAAAGAUGACGACAUGAAAAACAGACAUGACUCUGGAGUGGGAAUCACCGCAUAAGAGCUCAAAAUGACAGCAGGUCUAAAGUCAAACAGAAGCUCAACUCUCUGUGUUUGUUAUUCUUUUACCCUCUGGCUCUGUUUGUUGUCCGUGCCUCUGUGUUUGUGUGUGUUUGUCAGUGUGUGUUUGUGUGUGUUUGUCAGUGUGUGUUUGUCAGUGUGUGUUUGUCAGUGUGUGUUUGUCAGUGUGUGUUUGUGUACGGGGUGUGAUUGAGAAUCAUUAUCUCAACCAUUAAGCUUUUCACUGCCUCUGAAGGUCAAUUCUGUUAAUGCAGUAAUUGAUAGAUACACACUCACAGACACACUCACACACACAGACACACACACACACAAACUCUUGUAUUCAGAUCAGGCUGUUCUGUUCUCGUUGUCGGUAACAUUUCAGGACUUCACCGCAGACUACGGUGGCCCCUCAGGCUCAAACUGACCUUUAAUGUGAGAUGUAAGAAACCUUCAGUCUCGUCCUCUGUCCAGUCUUUUCUCUCAGUCUACCUGCUUCUAUCUCUCAUUUUGUCUUCUUUACAUCCUUCCCUUCUUUUCUCCUCCUUCUUCACUCACUUUUAUUCUCCCUCCGUCCUUACCUCUCUCUCUCUCCACCCUUGCUUCCUUCCCUUUUACCCUCUCUCUCCUUCGCUCUUUCACAUCCUCAGUGACAGCUUCUUCUUCCUCUCUUCCUCCUGUUUGUGUAUUUUCAUCUCUGUCUCUAUCCCACUUCUCUAUUCUCUUUGAUUCUCUCUUUUAUCCUCCCUCUCUCUCUCUCUCUCCCUCUCUCUCUCGCUCUUUCUGCCUCGUCAUUCUGCAGCACGGCGGCCUCAGACAGAAGCCUCAGAAAGCAGCACAGACGAGGAUGAAAAGAAAAAGCUCAGCACUCCUCUGUCUUACCCAUCGCUCCCUCUCUCCUCCUCCUCCUCCUCCUCCUCCUCACAGUCUUUCAUCUCCCCUCUCCUCUUCUGUCCAUCUGCAGGCCUCCUCCUCCUCCUCCUCCUACGCACAAACAAAUUGUCUUUUUCAUCUGUACUCUUUCGCUCCAUCAUCUGUUACUCUUCCUUCUUUUGCAUCUCAGUCACAUCUUCUCACUCGUCUUUCUUUCUCUGUUUUUCAUCCCUCGCUACCGCCACAUCCUCGACUUUUUCUCUUUUUUUUUUUUCCUUUUCACCCUCGUCAAACCGGCAAACAGCUGACGCUGAAUGUUUUAUGAAAGAACGAAAGAAAGAAAGAAAGAAAGCAAGAAAGAAAGAAAGAAAGAAAGAAAGAAAGAGUGAAAGGGGUGAAGUAAAAAAGGGAAAGAAGAAAGAAUUAGGAAGGAGGAACAGUUGGGAAAGAAAGAAACAAGAAAAAGAGGCAGAAAGAGAAAUUAAAAGUGUGAUUUAGGAAAAAAAAGGAAGGAGGGAAGGAAAGCAAGAAAAAUGGAAGGAAAAAAGGAAGAAAGGAGGGAAUGAGGACAAAAGAUUUGGAAGAAAGAAAGGAAGAAGGGAGGGAAAGAAGAAAAGAAAUAUGGAAGGAAGAAAGGAGAGAAUGAAAAAGAAGGAAGGAGGGAAUUAAGGAGGGAACUAAGGCUAGAAAAACAAGGAAGAAAGGAAUGAAGGAGAGAAUCAAGGCUUGAAAAAUGGAAGGAGAAAAGGAAGAAAGGAGAGAAUGAAGACAAGAAAUAUGGAAGCAAGAAAGGAAGGAAGGAGGAUAUGAAAGCAAGAAAAAUGGAAGGAGAGAAUGAAGGAAGGAGGGGAUGAAUGAAGAUAAGAAAUAUGAAAGGAAGAAAGGAUGGAAUGAAAGCAAGAAAAAUAGAAGGAGAGAAUGGAGUAAGGAAUAAAGGCAAGAAAUAUUGCAGGAAGGAAGCUAGGAAGGACAGAAGGAGGGAGUGAAGGCAACAUAUAAAAGGAAAAAAGGCUGGGAAAAAAGAGAAAUAUGGUUAGAAAGAGGGAGCGAAUUAAAGAGAGAAAGAAGGAAGGAGGGAGGGAAUGAAAGAAAAAAAAUGUUUCAAAAGAGACAGGACUUAAAAAUAGUUUUCUUUUCUCGAGCGUCACUUACAAACUCUCUCAGUUGUUGUCGAGUUUAAUCUCUUUUCCUCAAACUGCGGGUUAAAAAUGUAAAUGGAUUCAAACUCUAAAAUUGCAGAUCUGUGUGAGUCUGCAGCAGCACAAAAGAGAGACUGUACUCUGAGCCGAACCCCACAGAAUCACAUUUUCACACUCUGUUCAUGGGAAAAAACGAGAGGAAACGAAACCCGUUCAUCCAGACUCUGAAACAGAGCCGUACUGUCGCUCCUUUAAACUGAUCAGCAUCUGAAACAAAAAGUGGAUUUAGUACUUCAAUAGAGUUUUUGUUUCGGGGGCUGAAACUCUCAAUAAGCAACAAUAAUAACAGUAAACGCUAGGUAAUUAGCUUGUUGUCAAAAUGCUGAAAAACGGCGAGCGGGUGGAGUUUGGUUGAGCUAGUGAAUAAGAGUGUAAUUAGAAUAAAACAAAAAGGUCGAAAAUUACAAACCUACACGUGUUUAAUGAAUGAAGAAUUUAACUACAGAAACUAAAAUAAGAUAUUUGUAUAAGGGCCCGACCGAUUUAUCUGCGAGCCAAUUACAUCGGCCAAUUUUAGCCCAUCUGAGACUAAUCAGUACUCGGCCAAAACUUGCUGAUUUUUUUUGCCGAUAUUUUCAGAAACAAAAUGCGAAGAAUGAGAUUCGCUUUCACUGUGAUAAUGUUACGCUAUUUGAAAAGUUUCCCAACUUAUCCUGUAGAUGGCGCAGCGACCUCAUGACAAUCUUCAUCUGCGAACAGUUUUUUGGUCCGAAUUUGAUCAGUCGGUCUUCCUGUUGGUGUGAAGAGCAGUGUACAGUUUGUACAGUAUAUCUACAGUAUAUAUAUAUUUUUAAAAACUUUUUUAAAAAUAUAUUUUUAAAAAUCGUCUGAUUAAUCGGUAGUUGGAUUUUUUCCCCCAAAAUAAUCAGUAUUGGCAUCAGCCCCAAAAAAACAUCAGUCAGGCCCUAAUUUGUAUCAGGUAUAAAAACAUCUGAGAUUGUGCCUCUAAGUUUCACUCUUUACUAUGGGACCAAAUGGGGUUUGACUCACUCUUGGCACCAGCCCCAAGUGGUCAUUCUAGGAACUGCAGAUUUUUUUUGACACCCCUUGCAGCCUUUAAUUCUGCACAGUCCUGCACACGUAACAUAUUGUUUAAACUGCACACAUGUAAAUUUUUUGGGGAAUCAGGGCACCGCAAAUCCUUUUAAUGAAAGUGUAAAACAUUAAUCUGGUUUUGACUGCAUGUCAGCGCGCGUGUAAAUCUGCAGGAAUAAAUCAGAGUGCGAGACAUCGAGGAGAGACAGACGCAGAGGAGUGUGGGGAGAGAAAAAAGGAGGGAGAUGAUGAACAUGCCAGUGCAGAGUGUGUGUGUGUGUGUGUGUGUGUGUGUGUGUGUGUGUGUGUGUGUGUGUGUGUGUGUGUGUGUGUGUGUGUGUUAAAAAAGAGGAAAAGCUUGAGGUCUCUUUGAAGAUGUGUCUGAAUGAAAGUUGCAUUAGCUGCUAGUUUUGUGGAUUAUUCAUUUGGCCGCAGGGACAGAAGCUUAGGAAGGAAUGAUCAAACAGCAAGCAGACAGGAGUGUGCUUUGACUGCAGAAUCUGCGCACACACACACACACACUUUAACGCACACUGUCACACACGCGCAUCAAACAGCCAGUCUUUUUUUAGUUCUUCAGGAAUCAGUCGUUGCAUGAAGAGGUUAACACGCUCCUUUCUCUGACACUAAUAGAGCUGUUGACACCAACAGGGAGGACAGUGAGGGAGGGAACAUAUGUCAAACUAACACGGUUUAACCUUAUUAUAGACCGGUCCGAUGUUCGCUGACCCUACAUGUGUGUGUGUGUCUGUGUGUAUGUGUGUGUUAAACCAUCUGCUUGAUCCUGGAUAGCAUAGCAGCACAGUGGCGUUAAAUCUCCCCUGGGGUCAAGGGAUUGACACACAUACAUGCAGCGUUGCUGCGUCUCAUACUCUCCCUUUCUGUCUUACUUGAACAAACAAACACACACACGUUUUUGUUUUAGUGUGAGUACUUGUUUUAGGUACACUAUGGGGACCAGAAAUUUUGGAGAACCAAAAACACAAAUUUAAUCUGCUCUGUGGGAGUUUUUGUACAUUUGUUAGAGGAAUUAUUAAGCUAUCAAAGACAAAUCCUAUCAUCACUUAAUCUUAUCGGCUCUGUGUGUUCAGAGAUCUCAUGAGUACUAAAAUAAAAUUAAUUUAAUAUACUUCUGCUUUAUGUAGAAUCUUGUACUCUUCUGACGGGAACUGUGCGGCCAUUUUAGGACAUUUAGGUGGACAAAUUAUAUAAUUAAAAAGUUACAGACAAACAUAAAUGUAGCCUCUUUUUAUCGUAUUCUCACUUAAGGUGCGUUAUGGGGACCUUUACCACUUUAUUACUUUUGUUAAUGGGACCCUUGUGUUUUGUGAAAAAAUUUAGGCCAAUGAUUUCAUUAUUCAUUUUUCCAUGGUGUUUAACACAUUAAGCAUUCAGACAUUCAAUUAGAAUCAGAAAGAGAAGUACAGCUUUUAUAUUUCUUAAACACACUUUAGCAACAUUAUGGGGACUCUUUCUUUUUUUGUACUUUUGGUCCCGGACCCUUGUGCCUUAUCAAUCAAUCAACCGGUCUUUAUUUAUAUAGCACUUUUCAUACACAACCAUGUAGCAGAAAGUGCUUUACACAGAAAACAGAAACAGUAUUAAAAUGCAUGAACUUAAAAAGGGCUUGAUUUCACGGGAACAGGAAUGUGUGCACUGAGGAAUCCUCAUUUUAAAACUCAAGAUAAAAAAACACUGGAGGUUUAGGUUAAAAUCUAAAAACAAAGUAAAAUAGAGUGAAAUUUAAGAAAUAAUUAAAAUGAAAUAAAAAGAACAGUAAAAGAUACUAGAAUAAGAGCACAAAAAUAGCUCAAUGAAAGAUGAUCCUGUCAUUAAAACUAGAAAGAGAUAAAUGCUAAAACACUUAAUGAUAUAAAAUUUAGUUAAAAGCAAGACUGAAAAGGUACGUUUCGAAGACUUUCAGGUAGACUAAUUGCAUUAGUCGUCUGUCUUACUAAAAUAUCCUUUAAUAGAAUCCACAGUGGCAUAAAUAUCUGUGUCGGGGACACACUGACCAGUUUAAAACUCUGUGUUGAGGAGUUCAGCACCUGCUUUUGUUUAGAAAAAAGACAAAGGAGUCGGAGCCGUGCUUGGUUUAUUGCUUUGGGAGAUCUCCGAACAAUACGAACAAUGAAAACGAGGUUUUAUUCACUUCAUGUAGCAGCGGUUUCACAAAACAGCUUUUCCCUCUGGAAAUCCGUUCAAGUGCAUAUUAUAUUUCUGCUCUGAAAAUCAGGACUGCAUUUUCCCUUUAUAACCCUAUUGUAGUUAUACAAUCAGAGCUUUUACUUAAACUAGCAAUCAAAUCCAAUCUGUCAUUCCUCCAUAUUCAAUCUGGUAAUUAUGACCUAGAAAAGGCCUGGCUGUAUCAUCAAGACUGGAGAAGAAAUUAGGUAGCUUUAGCGGGUCUAUUUAAUGCAUAAACAGUGAAUCAUGUUCUCCGUCUUUAUUCCCAUCAUCCCCGAUUUGAAUUGACUUUGCAGACAGAGACCAAAGAGCAGAGGACACUGCUGUUCCGGCGGGAUUUAGCCGCUAAGCCGACACUCAAACAGUUAAAACAUCUGUUUUGAGGGAUUAUCUUGUCAAACGCCGUUAAGGAUUCAAUGCAAAUAACUCUGUCGAUUUAUUUUGGCCUAAUUCUCAAUAUGUUUACUGCGCCAAUCAUUAAAUCCACCCUUUUUUUUAAUUCCCUCCCUCCAGUUUCCCUGCAGGACAUUAACAUGAGGAAGGCCUUCAAGAGCAGCACCAUCCAGGAUCAGCAGGUGGUGUCCCGAACCUCGGUCCCCAACCCCGUGGUGGAGAUGUACCACCGCUGUGACAAACCUCCACCGCUGAACAUCCUGAGCCCGUACAGGUCAGUCAGAAACGCACUGGGUCUGCCGAGUAGUAUGGAGUUUUUGGGGCCGAUGCCGAUACAGAGUACUAGGGGGGGGGGGAAUAUGAUCACCGAUUAAUCGGCCGAUUUUUUAAUUUUUUAUUAAGUUAUAAAAAAUAGAUAUAUACUGUAGGCAACUGCUCUUCACGCCGACAGAAGGACCCACUGAUCCAGCCCCCACCGCUACCGCCGAUCGGUGCCUCCGUGUCUUAACUCGCGUUACUCAUUUCCGGUCUGGUCUUAUCUGGAGACAUGCAGCUGCCUCAGUAAGAGAAGUAGCUCGAUCACGUAAUGUGUACUGUUGUUUAUUCUACCGUUACUGACACGGCUAACAGUGUAGCAAGGCUAAAAGCAGGUGGCUAACUCUAACUUUAGCUUGCAUAUUACAUGGUUCUUCACCGUUAACUCGGCGUGACCGAGACCAGCACAGCGGGGAACAUCGUGAAGUGGGUUGAACUGAAACUUGUUGAUAUAUUGUGUAUUUCACAAACAUUGUCAUGAGGUCGCUGCGCCAUCUACAGGAUAAGUGGGGAACUUUUCGAAUGGGGGAACAUUUUCGAAGUGGAACCGAAUCUUAUUCUCUGCAUUUUAUUUCUGAAAAUAUCGGCGAAAUCUGCAAGUUUUGGCUGAUUACCGAUUAGUCUCAAACGGGCUAAAAUUGGCCGAUUUAAUCAGCUCGCCGAUAAAUCUGUCGGCCCUACUGCCAAGUCCUGUAGACGCCAGGGACAUCAGAGUCAAAGGCUACGUUCAUACUGCAGGUUAUGAUGCACAAUUCGGAUUUUUUGUUAAAUCCGAUCUUUUUGUGCGGUUGUUCACAUUACAACAACGAAUGCAGCAUCUAAUGUGAACAGAAUGCGCCCGUAGAGUGCGCACAAAGCACAAAUUGCUUUCCACGCCUGUUGGUGUUGUCGAGCAAUAGUGAUGUUUGUCGCAUAUUGAUGACGUAUAGGUCGGAUGAACGCACCUGAGCGUCCACACUGCAGUCACACAUAUCCGAUUUAUAUCCACAUACAAAAGAGGCCUGGGUCGGAUUUGAAAAAAUCAGAAUUGCACUGUUCACACUUCCAUGAAAAAGUCCGAUAUGUGUCACAUAUGGUUAAAAAAUCAGAAUCGACCUGCAGUGCGAACACAGCCAAAGUGGCGUCCUUUGCUAAAGUUUGAGUUUUCCUCACCGUGUCCGCGCAGGGACGACAAGAAGGACGCCCUCAAGUUCUACACAGACCCGUCUUACUUCUUCAACCUGUGGAAGGAGAAGAUGCUUCAGGCCACCGAGGACAAACGCAAAGAGAAGAGGCGGCAGAAGGUACGGCUCGGUGUUGUUUCGUGACGCUGGAGCUUGUUUUUCUUCGUUUGUGCGAGUGCGAGCUGGCGAAUGUGUGCAAGGCUGUGUGACAGAACAGUAAAAUAAAUUCAUCUGCUGCUUUAAUUUGCCGCUAAUCUGUUUAUUUAACGUCAUUUUUUAUGCCGUAAUUUCAUUUUAUGCGUUCCUAUUUGACUGUUUUCUCCAUUGAGCUUUUGCUUUGUUGUGUGAUUAGUUAUUGAUACAGCAGCAGUUGGACAGGCUCAUUACCCUGAGACAAAUACUUAUCCAAAGGGAAAACUACUUUAAAGAGCAGAUGAAAUGAGGCGUGGGUAAUUAUGUCGGCUUAUUUAUACAAUAACGUCGCUCCUGCUGUGCAGCAAAGAGUAUAAUUACACUAAAAUUAUAGUUUGGACUGCUGCAAUAAGAGUCUGGUGUUAUUGACAGAAGAACUUGUGACGUGGUGCAGAAGGAAAUUUAGAUUAUUGAUGCAGAAACUGAAAAAUCAACAUCUCAGGUGUCUGAAUAAAUGUUCAAAUUUAGCCCAAAACAGCUGAUUUGUCUGUUUUUUUAAUGUGAUUCAGCUAAAGUAGGAUUUAAAAGUGUGAAACUUUAAUGUUCAAGUUUAAGGCGGACUUCACGGUGGAAGGACGGGUCAAACCGUGCUGUGAGGCAGAGGUGGGGGAAAGUCCCUAUGUUGCAAGUCCAAGUCGAGUCUCAAGUCUUUGCUCUCAAGUCCGAGGCAAGUCCAAGUCAACACAGACAAGUCCCAAGUCAAGUCCAAGUCCUGAACUUUUCGAGUCCCAACCAAGUCCUUACCUUUUCUUUCAAGUCAUAAACAAGUCAUAUCAAGUCCAAGUCCUGAACUUUUUGUUUCAAGUCUUAACCAAGUCCUUACUGUUUCUUUCAAGUCAUAAACAAGUCAUAUCAAAGCCAUAAACCAUUUGUUAAAGAUUUACAUCAAUCAUGAGCAUUUUUCACUAUUUGCAUUUAUUAUUAAACAAGGGUUCUUGUUUGUGUGAAGUUACAUAGUGCAGCUUUAACCAAACUAUUUUACAUGUCGUACAAAAAAUAAUCAGAUAAACUUCAACCAUUGGAAACAGGCGGGGAAUACUAGCGAGUGAUUUAUGUUCAGUCCUCCUGGUGUUGUCGUUAUGAGGGAGUUUAGAGUUUGAGACAGUGUUGCCAAGUUUCGUGAGAGAAAUAAGGAAACAGACCUCCAGAAACAAGACAAAAACAAGCAGACUUGGCAACACAACACGGUGUUACCAACGGCCGUAAUUCCUGACUAUUAGUUGAUGCGACACUUUUUAAACGGUUUGGGCUGUAAGGUAUUAAGUGACUUGAAAAGACUUGACUUGACUUUUCAAGUCACUGGGCUCAAGUCAAGUCAAGUCUCAAGUCUUUAGCAAUCAAGUCCCAAGCGAGUCCAAGUCAUUUCUUGAUUUCAUCAAGCGAGUCAAAAACGGACUCAAGUCCAAGUCGAGUCUCGAGUCGAGUCGUCGAGCCCCCACCUCUGCUGUGAGGUGUCUGUCACGCACAGGUAGCUCAGUGGGAUCAGCUGGCUGCCUCUCGGGCUGGACCAGCUGUGCGUUUUGUUUUUCUCCAAAGGCAGGAAGAUCGCUGCGCAUGUGAGCGUUUUUGUGACAGUUGUGUGCCGAUUCUUCACAAAGUCGCAGAGUCAUGUUUGUCUCUCGGUGGUUUUCCCUCUUGAUUCAAAGCCGACAGUGGAGUUUUAAACCUCUGAACAACUGCUGCUGUACGUCCGCUGAUAUUUCUGUUCGAUUUAAUGCUGCUCACAUUUUUUCCUCUUCCCUCCCUUCAAUUCGGAAACUGAACCCUUUCAAAAUAAAGCUCUUUUUUCACCAAUAAGCAGUCGCAGCAGGAGGAGGAUUUCUCAGACUCCUCUGCUCUUCUUCGUUUUAUCAAAUCAAACUUUAGGGACAAACACCCUUCCUUCCAUCCUCCUCCUCCUCCUCCUCCUCCUCCUCUGCUCAGUCUAACGCACCAGCUUGUCUUUCUCCCAUGUUUCCAUAGGGCUGUCCGGCCCACCCUGACAGGCCCCACUCCAGACAGGCCCCACCCAGGAGCCCCCUGUCCAUCUCUGUAAGAUAACCCCCGACCCCGUACCUGCCCUCUCACCUUACCCCCCUUCCCUUUACAUCUUACUAACACACCAAACACAAUCAAACACUCGAGCGCAGGUAAGACACACAAAACCAAACACAGACUAAGCCAACGCCACUAAAACACACAGACACACACCUCCCUCUGUUUGUGUCCGUCUGUUGCGUUAGCUCGCCACCUCACCCGCUCUCUCACCCUCCGUGUUUGGUUUGCUUCCUGUCCUGUGUUCCCAGAGCUUUUUCGUCCAUCAUUGGUCUGGUGUCGGUAGCGUCUCGGUGUCCAUGUGUAGACUAGACUGUGUGUGAGCGUGUGGUUUGCUGGUGAUGGGCUCCUGUUUCCUCCUCCUCCUCCUACCCUCAAAGAAAUCAGUAAUCAAUGACCGACCGUCUCUCUCUCUCUCCUCUCUCUUUUAUCAUCUCUCCUUCUGCACCCGUGUCUGUUUCAGGAGCAACAGAGGCAAGUGGAGGACCCGGGGAGAGAGGUGAAGAAGGUCAGUGAGGAGUUACUUUAUAUCAUACAGGGAUUGACACUAACUUUUUUCACAAGGAGCACAAUGAAAAUUGAUCAGAUAAAGCAGGGGUGUCAAACUCAACCACAGCGAGGGCCAUAAUCUGGAUUUAGGUCUAACCAGAGGGCCAAACAGGGUCAACAUUAAACCAAAACUGUCAACCUCCUUUUCAAAAAAAUAUGUAACAAAAACAGCAACGAUUAUAAAUCAUUUGGAAAUUCAAAAAAGAUAAAAAGAAAAGUUUAAAGGCAAUCUGAGGUAGAAAAAUUUUAGUUUUUUAUUCUGUUUUUAUUUUUUAGUUCAAAAGAUCAGAGCAUGAUAUAAAAAAUGGAAAAAUAAUGUUUUAAAGAGCAAAUACAUGAGAGGAACGUUGAAAUCAGGUUUAAAAGGUCAAAAUAGGUCCUAAAUUGGAAUGUAAAGUAUAAAAAUGACAUAAAUCUAAAUACUGAGUUGAUCAAAAUCAAAGCAUGAAAUAAAAAAUCCAAACAUGUUUGACUUGUAAUCUUGAAAUCAAAAUUGAAAACAUGAAAUAAAACUCCAAAUAUUUUAUUCCCCCACAUUCUGGACUGUCUAUCAAAUCUUCCUCACUCUUUAAUUUCCCAGAUUUCUGUGGCUUAUUAAGGAUAUUUUAAAUAAAGGUGCUACAGUUUACAUUAUUAUACUGGGGGAAAUCUGCAGACUUCAUGCUGGAGGGCCAAUAAUAAUACAAACAUGAUAUGAUCUUGUGGGCCAGAUUUGAUUGUUCCACGGGUCAGAUUUGGCCCCCAUGCCUUGAGUUUGACACCUGUAAAAUAAUGAGUGUCUUAUUGGUCGAUAUAGUUACUAUUAUUUGAAAUCAAUUUUAGGUCACUUGGUCACAUGACAUGGAAGGAAAACAGCCUUUUUUUUUAGAGAACACCAACCUGUAAUUUAUUGACGGUCCCUUAUUCAACACCCAACGUUGACAGCGAGGAUGCCGAGUAGAUUUAACCGCGCUGCUGUUGUUAUUCCCGGUUAUGGAGAGUGAGAAGACACCGGUAGAUCUGCAGUGAAUGUCCGUCGAAUAUCCAACCUAAAACUAACUUCACACAAACGUUGUAAAAACAGAACAAGAACAAAACAAAGAAGAUAGGAAUACACACAACAAACAUACCGUAUUUUUCACACUAUAGGGCGCACCAUCAAUCAACGCGUCUAUUCACAUCUAUUUUCAUACAUGAGGCGCACCGGAUUAUAGCUGCAGUGGGAACAACAAACAAACUAAACUAACAAACAUUAAAGCAAACAAACUCCGCCAUCCUCAAAAAAGAAAAUAAAUUAAUUAAUUAAAGUCGCAAAAUCGCAUCGGGCUUGAUGUCUAUAGUCAGGCGUGUCAAAAUUCGCCUCUGAAUAUUUUGGAAUUUUGCGUUCUAUGUUCGCGUCGGCCCCGGUGUGUAAGGACUUUAAUUCCCAUUUUUCCUGAAUAUAAUAUGUAUUUUGUUUUUUUUGCAAAUGUGCCCCUAAAUAUAUUUUGCAAUUCCCACACAUCUAUUUUUAGUCGCAAACGGUCUCACUGUCGAGCCUCGUCAUGGCCAUGUUGAAGACCAUUAGUAUAAGUGACACUAAAAAGUUGGGAACGCUGUUUAACGUUGAUAAAAAUGAGGGUUGGACUCGGGCCCGGGUCGCUCUUGAGCCUCUGAGCCAAACUGGCGACUUUCCGGGUCUAAUAAAGUUAAAUUUGGACGUGCGCCACGUCUUACAUCUGGGUCAUUUCAUUUCUGCUUUACACUCCGGUGCCACGAAUCAGCUAAUCACCACUGCAGCAGCUUAAAUUACAGAAUCGAUCGAAUCAAACCGAACCCGCAGAAGAAAUGAAUGUGACACUGAUGCUGAGAGAGAGCCAGCGGGUGAACUCGGUGAACCCACUUUUUAUGAGAAGACGAGCCGAGACUUCUGCCAAGACGCAGAACCCUUUAUCACUCUGAACCAGGUUCAGGAGGGGUGGGGGGACGGGGUGUUAGGCCAUUUAAUAAAGUGAAGAAAGCAGGUCUGCAGAGAGAGAGCGUGCAGGGAGGAUAGAUUGGUGCUUCUGUUAUUAACCUGACACUUAAAAAUGAUUAAAUAUCUUUAAAGUUCUUGAAUUAGACGGUAAGCUUUCCUCAUAGUGAGACUACUCUGUGGGUUACCAUGGAAACCCCUUUGCACAGUGACUUGUUAUUCAUCAGGUGGGACUCGUCUUGUUCACAGUGAUGUUCGUUUCCUUCCUUUUUUUACCCGUAAAGGUGCGUAAGGCUCGUAACAGGCGCCAGGAGUGGAACGUCUUGGCCUACGAUAAGGAGUUCAGACCAGACGCCCGGCUUACCCCCUCCCCCUACCAUGGCAUGUCCUCAGAAGGCUCCCUGUCCCCAGAUAGCAGGUAAACAAACGUGUGUGUGAAAGAGAGCGGGAGCUUUUCCUCUAAAGUCCCGUUACCUUGACACAAUCUGACAACAAGUCUCUCCAGGGCCCGGGGACGAGUUGACGUGACUUUGAAUAUUUACGCAAACAAGUCAGUUACAAUUUCAGGGUAAAAUUACAGGUUUUGGACUGACAGGUGUCUUUUAAAAAAGUCCUAAUCUCUUAUUAACUCUGAGUCAUUUUGAUAAUUUGGCUCAUAAUGUGCAGGUGCUGUUACAUAAUCAAACUUAAACUCUCAUAAAAAGACACAUUUAAGCUUCUGAAACACCAACAUAGACGUCAGCAGAGCCAAACUACCUGCUGUUUUCUUUAAAGCUCUUUGCUGCCCUCUGCUGGUCAAACAGAUGAACAACAGAUAAGUCGAUGAUAGAGAUUUACAUCGAUUUAGUCACUUAAAACUGAAGGAAACAAAACUUUUAAGAAGAGAAAAAGACAGCAAAAGAAAAUAAUGAAAUAAGACAAUAAAAUUACAAAAAUUUAGGGAUGUGGACAAUAAAAUGUGAGAAAAAUAAAUUAGUUUUCUGACCCAAAAGGAUAAUAUUGUAAAGACAAAAGCAAAGAUUUUACAGCUUUUUGAAACUGCAGGUGAUAAAUUUGAAAUCUGAGAUGGAAAAAUAUUUCAUAUUUCUGAUCCUCUAUAAAUGAGUAAAUAAAACUCAUAAUAGACUGAAGGAAAUAUCGUUUUGAGCAACAAGAAUGAUUGAGGAUUAAUAAAGUUAAACCAUAUUUUUUACCAUAGUUUAAAAAAACAUCAAUGUACGGACUAAAAUAGUGUAUUUAAGUGGUUAAAAAAUGUUGGACACGAGCUCACUGAGAUACCUUUCAAUCCACCGACCUCUUCUCUUCAGGUCAAUGGCGUCAGAUUCCUACCCAGCCAGCCCCAACCACCCCUCCGCCCAGGCCCCGGGCGCCAUCCACCCCACCGACCACCACGCCAGGGACCACCUCAGUGCAGCAGCCCAGACUCAGUCACUGGACCGAGGACUCAGGCCGGCCAACCAGCCCCCGGGAGCAGGAGGGUCUGCACCGGGAGGGCGGCAUGUGGCCUCGCUGGGCAGGACCCCAUCAGGACACGGGCCCCAGCCUGGUGGAGACCAAAUGGUUAACGGUCCCAGGCAGCAGUCGGUUAAGGAUUACCGGGCCGGGCACGGGUAGGUUUAAUCAUCGAGUGUUUCUUUUUGUGUUUGUGUGUUUGUCUUUUACAGAGUUUCAUUAAUUUACAAUAGUUCAGGUUCAAUAAAAAGUCUAACACUCGAAGAUUGAUACAAAGUUUAGAAAGUUUUUUCAGUGACUAAAUGAGGAAGUAAAACAGGAAGUUGAAACUAUGAAGGCCAAGUUAAAGGUGGGGUAGACAGAUCUGUCGUCAUGGGCGAUAAAUUCACCGUCUCUCUCCUCUUCUCCCCUCCACUAGCGGCCAGCCCUCCACCAUCCCAGAGUAUUACAUCCCACCUGCUCCUCCCCCUCCUCCCCCCACCAUCCCCUCUGCCCAGACUGCCUUCGACUCCUCGGCAGUCCCUCCCUCCGCAGCCGCCUCUGCAGUCCCCCCAACCUCCUCCGCCCUCUCCCGUCCUUACUCCCCCUCCCCCCCCCCCCCCCCGGCCAACUAUGUGCCCUCCCCUGCCCACCCUCCCUCUGGCGCGCCCCCUGCCGCUCCUCCGCCUCCGCCGCCAGGAGCGCCCACCGGACUCCAGGCUCACCCGUCGCCCCCUCACGCAGCCGCGGGCCAGGCGGUGGACGGAGCUCCCGCGACGAGGAAGUCCACCAUGCUGGGGAUGAUCCCCAUGAGCGAUGCGCGCUCCGACCUGCUGGCUGCCAUACGUAGAGGUUAGUGAGUGGAUAAGUAUAUUUCACAAGGUCAAAGGUCACAUUCGAGUUUAUAUUUGUCAAAUUUUAAAACCAGAAGUGAGAAACACAAAAAGAUGUCGAAAGUUUUCGGAGAAAUUCUUGGAGAAAACAAACUUAAAUACUCCGACGGCAUCAACACCUGACCCACCAGGACAAACUGUCGCCUGGUCCCCCCAGAAUUUCUAGUCACGGCCCUGCUCACUCCCUCCAUCCCUCCCCCCUCCAUCCUCCCUUCCUCCCCCUCCAGGUAUCCAGCUGAGGAAGGUGCAGGAGCAGCGGGAGCAGGAGGCCAAGAGGGAGCCUGUCGGGAACGACGUGGCCACCAUCCUGUCCCGCCGUAUCGCCGUGGAGUACAGCGAGUCCGACGACGACUCCGAGCUGGACGAGAACGAGUGGUCCGACUAA